CCAGGCGACUGUGAGGCGAUCUUGGUUUCCAAACCGCGGUAGACGCGUCUCGCCCUCCAAACGGCACCACCACUACCACCACCAGCGCGACUAAGGGUAUUAUGAGGAGUCCCACGUAGCUCCAUCCUCAACGAACAUUGCUAUGCGGAAGAGAUGACCUCGGAAUUCGGCCGUUGGGAUCUGAAUAGACACCAAUACGAUAGUCAAUGGGGUGUCCGUGUCCCGGAAGCUCCUCAGGCGCCGUGCCCUCUACCAUAUGCCUUUCCGGAGCAGCCUUUCCCGCAACUCGCCGAGGGGUUUGGGCAAUUGCAGCUGGGGAAGGUUCCAAAGCCGCGAACAACGCCCGUAAUCUCUCGCACGCGCAUCACCCGCCAUGGCUCACAACCAAACCCUGUACGGCCCUCCUCCAGCGGCGGAGAGGCUAACAUGGCCUCCUACCGCCCUUUUGCACCCCCACGCCGCUCUGAGUCGUACUCGCACCCUACCCCUCUCGAAGACUUCCGUAACUCAAGACGCUGGCCGCCAAAUGGACAUAGACAGAACGAUGCGCUGGCGCCGCAAGAGGCGGAGGAUCUGAUCUGCGCUGGAGCAUCUACAUUCAAAGGCUACUGGGAUGUGAUACCUAAUGCCCCACCAGGCUACGACCGUUUCUAUGCCGUCAUGGAGUCGGAGCAUCAGAGUAGGACAGAUCGCGCCCCAUUCCAACAGCAAGCAUACCGGGACAUGUCCCUCAACAUGACCGGUGCCUCUGACAGCCAGUUCCCGUGGUUAUCCCAGGAGCAGCCUUGCAUGGCUUAUGCGUUCGGCAAGAGUGCAGGAACCACGACACUCAAUUACUGGAUUAGCAAGUCUGGAAGCAGCAACCCUCCUACCAAGUUUUCCGCCGAUGCGAAGCCACGGAAAAUUAAGCUUUUGCAUAUUCUAGACCGUCUACAGAAACUAGAGAGCGGGUUCAAUGAAGAUGAUCCUGAGGAGAUGUAUCGAUAUCUAUACAAUACGCUAAUCGAUGACCCAGAGGGGUUCGGCGAUCACCGUCAUAUCCGUAUCGACCAACAAAUUGCGGAUCUCAUUACCGUGUUGAGCAAUCCAAAAUGGAUAGACUUUUCUCUUCCAAAGAACCAGGUAGUGGCCAAAUUCUUCGAUGCGCCGGAUCAGCGCAAGAAACAGGAGUUUUUUCACCAAUUACUACUAUCUGUUGAGUUAUAUCUUCGAAUUCAUUCCAAGGACCAUACCGACAAAUCCAAGCGAAAACUCAUCAUGCAACUUCCACCUAUCAUCACCUGGGACUUGGCUGUUGCACAGCGAUGGCUUGAGAACAUGGAGAUCACCAAGUCGCGAAUAUCACCUACUCAAAGUACUUUUAGUUUCGACUUGAAGAGUAAGAACAGACAGAAAGAGGCACUAAGAUUCUUUGCAGCGAUACUGAAAUGGCCCAACAUGGAUGAGAUUGAAUACGUCCUUGAAGAGCAGGACAUGAACGAGAAACCACUGGAGGAUCGAUCUGCGGAUGCAAUGUCUUGGUUCUCUGGGAUCAUCUUGCCUGGAAGGACGCUACCAUGGCUGAUCAUGAACAGUUUAAUUGAUUGUGACCGCGACACGGGGGAUGCUCUGAAAUUUCUGACCCAUAUGCAGCCCGCAUCAGGAUUUCAGUAUCGAGCAAAUACUUACUGGUCUUCCCAAUGCAUUGUCGGCAAGGUACUCGGGGCUGCGCGAGGUGUCAAACAAAUAGCAGGAUGGAUCGGACCGUGCAUAUACACUCCGGACCUCAAGCGAACAGAAUGCGUCAGGAUCAAGCAGCAUGAGCCUCUAGAUCCCAAACUUGCUUCAACUGACGUUGCGUCCAUGGGCGAGCGAACGAAUGCUCUUGGUCCUGUAGAGUCAAGCUACCCCGUAGACGACUAUGAUGUGCCAAUGCCCGACGUCGAAGAUGUCACAGACUUGAUCAGAAUGGAGAAAUUGAGUUUUGUGCCUGCUAAGGAGCAACGUGCAUCGACCAGGCACCUGCCUGGUGCGCCACUGGUGUUCGAUGCGGCGAUCUUCUUCGCAUGUGGAGGGGAAAGCUGGCCGAUGAAGCUGCGAUACGAUGUCGACUUCAUCAACGCUUUCCCCUGCCAUCAAGGUCCCCACGUUCUCUUCUACGACUUCGCAUACAAAGCCAUCAAAAUUGACGAUGGCCUCGUAGACAUCGACGACUGGGGCCGCCAAUGCGGCCGCAUAGCUCGCCCUACCUCAUCGCGUUCCUCUCCGGCCAAUAAAGCAGUAGCUCUGACAAAUGGGCACACUAAGACUGCCCAUGAACAGGUCACAAUCGUCCUCGCAAUCGAGGCGCUUGGUGUUAGCGACAAUGAGGUCUUUGCACGAGCAUGGUGUGCGGACCAAGGACAUAGCGCCAUUGUAGCAAAUAUCAAGGAAACGUGUAUGGCAUGCGCGAUUCGGGAGGCUUAUGCGGCGUGUGUGAGUGUAGUGAUUCUUACCGAGGGUGGUAUUGUGAAGGAGAAUGAUACGGGGGUUUAUGGUUUUGCUUAAGAUCUUUCACAAGAGCUGGGUAGUUGAGAGAACAAGGGGGGGUAGGUGGCGUCAUGGACUGGUGGUGUUUUGGCAUUUGCAUCCGGCGUAGAGAUGCUUCGGCGUAUUUUCUACGACGACAAGGAAAUAUGCAUUCU